UAUGAGACAGUUCCCCAUCCAGUCCAACCUCGAACCAAGAGAUUGCUUCUCCCCCACGACCCGAGUACUCAGCAAGCGGCAUGGCAGACUCGCUCGGAAGGAUUUGCUACGUUUCUCCUAAGACAUCCCCACAAAGACUCAAAGAGCGUGGCAAGUGGGCGACCAAAAGCGAGUUCAUCCUGUCAGUGGCUGGUGCAAUUAUCGGACUUGGAAAUGUUUGGAGGUUUCCUUAUUUAUGCUACAAGAACGGCGGUGGAGCAUUCUUCAUUCCAUAUAUCCUCUUCCUUGGGGCUUGCGGUGUCCCUCUUUUUGUUCUGGAGACAGCUCUCGGCCAGUACACUAGCCAAGGGGGAAUCAUGUGCUGGAGGAAGAUCUGCCCCUUAUUUGAAGGCAUUGGAUACGCCAGUCAACUCAUCCUUUUCUAUGGCUGCAUAAGCUACAUGGUCAUUUUAGCCUGGGCGUUUCUCUACCUCUUCUCAUCUUUCUCCAGAGAGAUGCCAUGGGCAACGUGUGAUAACACAUGGAACACAAACUCCUGCGUUGUAUUGACCAACUAUUCUUCCAACUGGACUUCCAACGUGAAUAUAUCAUCAUCUGUUGUAGAGUUUUGGCGACGACGCGUGCUAAACAUCUCCCCCGGCAUUGAAGUUUUGGGAAAGAUCCAAUGGGAGCUUUCUUUGUGCCUUCUUCUUGCUUGGCUCAUCUGCUACUUUUGCGUCUGGAAGGGGGUGCGAUCCACUGGGAAGGCCACCUACUUCACAGCAACCUUCCCUUUCGUCAUGUUAGUGGUUUUGUUCGUCAGAGGAAUGAGCCUUCCAGGUGCCCUGCUUGGCAUCAAGUACUACCUGUACCCCAAUCCGUCACGGCUCGCCGAUCCACAGGUAUGGAUGGAUGCUGGAACUCAGAUUUUCUAUUCCUACGCCAUAUGCUUGGGAUGUCUGACCACACUUGGGAGCUACAACAAGUAUAACAACAAUUGCUACAGGGACUCCUUCUUUCUCUGUUUGCUGAACAGUGGAACCAGCUUCAUUGGUGGAUUUGCUAUUUUCUCAGUUCUGGGCUACAUGUCCCAAAAACAGGGUGUGGACAUCGCUUUGGUAGCAGAUUCAGGCCCAGGACUUGUUUUCAUCGUAUACCCACAAGCAAUCAGCCUCCUGCCAUGGCCUCAAGUCUGGUCUGUGUGUUUUUUCACAAUGAUCAUUCUGCUGGGAAUCGAUGGUCAGUUUGCUGGACUCGAAAGCAUCAUGACCUCUAUAACGGAUAUGUACCCUGACCAGAUCCAAAAAGGAUAUCGCAGAGAGCUCCUUUUAUUGCUAAUCUCUGUUUUUUGCUAUCUCUUUGGCAACUUAUUGGUGUCACAGGCCGGCUCCUACAUUCUGCAGAUUUUUGAUCACUACGUCUGCAGUGGUCCCACCCUUCUUUUGAUGGCCAUCCUCCAGUCAGUGGUUAUCGGAUGGAUUUAUGGUGCUGAACGCUUCAGCGACAACAUUGAGGAUAUGAUCGGAUACAAACCUCUGACAUUGAUUAAGUACUGCUGGCUCUACGUCACACCUAUGAUAUGCAGUGGAACACUUGUGUUCUUGAUGCUGAGAUACACACCUCUCAGGUACAACAACACGUAUGUGUAUCCUCGUUGGGCCUAUUGGAUCGGCUGGUUCCUUGCUUUGUCGUCACUCUCUCUGAUUCCUUCUGCCAUGAUCUGCAAAUUGGCCAAAGGAAAGGGCACUUUUUGGCAGCGUCUGAAGACAAGCACCCAAUGUGCAGACGAUCUCCCAGUGAUGGCGAAGGAUAUGGCGACUCUUCGCAUUGCGCUAAACGUUCACGAUGAUGGCAAAAAACAGUAAUAUUCGAUAAAAUAGCCUCCGUUGAAUGGCAUUCUCGAUACAUAUAUACUGUACGUACAGUAUAUACGUAUAUUAGAUCAGGUUGUUUACUAAAAUUAGGUCAGCUAUUCUAUGCAGUAUAUGGGUACACAAAA